UGUUAUUUUUCUAGACUGGUGCAGCAAUGGCGCAGCUAUGGUGAAUCGCGAGGCAUUGGCGCAGCUCUUCCCGGCGAUUUUCCAGCUCCUGGAUGAAUCUCCUCGCUGGUAAAGCAGUGGCCCCGGGAGGGUUCUGUGGAGAUCCAGCCGCGCCGGGGCCCCGGAGCUCGCAGAGUAUCAGCAUUGGGAAGCGCGGGGCAGUAGAGCAAGGGGGAAGGAUUUGCGCUGCGCGAGGGGGAGAAGCUCCAUCGACACUGGAUUCACUCUUAGGGUUUGAGAUGGCGAGCAGCGAGCUCGCCGCGUCGCGGGAGCCGGAGCAUGUGAUUAUGUCGCGAGGAGGCUCCGUGCUUGGGCGGAAGACGAUUCUCAAGAGCGAUCACUUUCCAGGCUGCCAGAACAAGCGUUUACAGCCGCACGUCCAAGGCGCUCCAAAUUAUCGCCAGGUUGGCUCGCUCCCCGUGUUUGGCGUAGCUAUUCCAACGAUCGAUGGCAUACGCAAGGUGCUCGAUUUGAUCGGCGCAAAUCGGAAUGGAGGUCACAAGCGCGUGCUCUGGCACAAUCUCCGUGAAGAGCCAGUUAUUUACAUAAAUGGUCGGCCAUUUGUGUUGAGAGAGAUCGAGAGGCCAUUCACGAACCUCGAGUAUACUGGAAUUAACAGAGUUCGUGUUGAGGAAAUGGAAGCCAGGCUGAAAGAGGAUGUUCUUCGAGAGGCUGGUCGGUUUGGCUGCAAAAUCCUGGUUUGUGAUGAAAUGCCUGACGGCCAAAUGAUCGACCAGUGGGAACCAAUAACUGACGCAUCGGUGCUAACACCUCUAGAGGUGUACGACAGCUUGUGCAAUGAGUCGUACUUCGUGGAUUAUGAACGGUUGCCAAUCACUGAUGAGAAAUCUCCCAAAGAACGGGACUUCGAUCUACUGGUGCAGCGUGUUGCAGAAGCGGACAUUAACACCGCCUUGGUGUUUAAUUGUCAAAUGGGUCGAGGGCGUACAACUACUGGAAUGGUCAUUGCAACUCUUGUAUAUUUGAAGCGAAGCGGAUCUGCAGGAAUUCGUAGAUCGAGGUCCUUCGGGGAAGUACUUGGCUCUGCAGAGGAGUCAACUGACGAAUUUCCUGAUUCCGAGGAAGGGUUUAGACAAGGUGAAUACACUGUUGUAAGGAGCCUUUGUCGGGUUUUGGAGGGUGGCGUCGAAGGCAAACGACAAGUUGAUACUGUUAUAGAUAGGUGUUCGGCUAUGCAGAACUUGCGUGAAGCCAUCAACACAUAUCGUAACAGCAUUUUGCGGCAAGCAGAUGAAAAGAAGAGGGAGUCUUCUCUCUCGUACUUUGUCGAGUAUCUGGAGCGGUACUACUUUCUGAUCUGUUUUGCUGUAUAUAUACAUACAGAUCAGUCUGCCUUAACGCAGCCUGGUGGCUUUCAGCAGUGGAUGAAGGCUAGGCCGGAAUUGUACAGUAUCUUGAGAAGGCUCUUGCGGCGGGAUCCCAUGGGAGCACUUGGCUACAGAAACAAACCCCCUGUGGCAGCUGAAAAUGGCCGACCAUCCAGGAUGGAAGCUGUGGCGGCAUGCAGAACUGGAGACGUUCUUGGGAAACAAACAGUUUUGAAGGGUGACCACUAUCCGGGCUGUCAUAAUCCUCAUCUGCCCGAAAGUGUGGAGGGAGCUCCAAACUUCAGGGAAAUUCCUGGUUUUCCUGUCUACGGAGUUGCCAAUCCCACUGUUAGCGGCAUCAAAGCGGUCUUGGAAAGAGUUGGUGGUGGAAAAGGAGGACGUCCCGUCUUGUGGCAUAACAUGAGAGAGGAGCCAGUCGUAUAUAUCAAUGGACAGCCAUUCGUUCUGCGAGAAGUCGAGAGGCCUUACAAAAACAUGCUCGAGUAUACAGGAAUUGAUCGCGACCGAGUAGAACAGAUGGAGGCUCGACUCAAAGAAGACGUGCUCAAGGAAGCAGAACGUUAUGAUGGUGCAAUUAUGGUGAACCACGAAUCGAAAGACGGUUUCAUAUUCGACAGCUGGGAAAGUGUUACUCCAGAAGGAGUUCAGACUCCAUUCGAAGUUUACUCUCGGCUGGUCUCCGAAGGCUACUCUAUCGAGUAUUCCCGUAUGCCAAUUACUGAUGGAAAAGCUCCAAAGAGCUCAGACUUCGACACACUGACGUCUAAGAUUGUUUCUGCUCCCAAAAAGACCGUCUUCGUCUUCAACUGUCAGAUGGGACGUGGACGCACAACAACAGGCACUGUUAUCGCUUGUCUAGUAAAACUCCGCUGCGAUUAUGGCAAGCCUUUUCGUUUACCGUCCGCUCUUCCUGGAUCUUCUGUGGACGGUGGAUCAGAUAGCAGCGGAGAAGAAAACGGUGAAGCCGGUGACGAGCACCUGACUUUCAAGCCAGCAAAGUUGGAAAGGUGCAAAUCGACAAGCGUACUCGUAAUGGACAACAUAUCUAUUGUGAGAAGACUUACACGCUUACUAGAGGACGGGGUCGCAUGCAGGGAGGCACUUGAUGAUGUUAUAGACCGGUGUGCAGCACUACAGAAUCUCCGUCAGGCUAUUUUACAGUACCGUAAGAGCUUCAAUCAACAAAAUCUGGAGUCUCCUGGCCGAAGAGCAGCUCUAAAUCGUGGAGUUGAGUAUCUGGAGCGGUACUGCAUGAUGAUCGCGUUUGCUUCUUACCUCGGUAGUGAAGCGUUCAGUGAAACCCAGCGUUUGCCGUUCAAGGUAUGGCUAAACAAGCGACCAGAAAUCAAACAGAUGAAGUGGAGUAUGCGGUUGAGGCCGGCUCGUUUUUUCGCUGUUCCUGAGGUGGAAUUUCGGGCAUUGGCUGAGAAUUGCGAGGGCGAUGAGAUUUUAGAAGCGAUAGUCAAGUCCCGGAAUGGUUCGGUUCUGGGGAAACGGGCUAUUCUCAAAAUGUACCAUUUCCCAGGUCAGAGCGCGGCAAGCUGCUUUGACAUCCCUGGAGUACCUCAUAUGCGUAAGAUAGAUGGCUUUCCAGUAUAUAGCAUGGCCACACCCACUGCUCAAGGCGCCAAAGCAGCGUUUGCUUGUCUCAACACAGCCGUUGAUCAAGGAAAGCACGCUGUUGUGACCGACUUGAGAGAGGAGGCUGUGGUUUAUAUUCACGGUAAUCCAUUUGUUUUACGGGAGCUUGACCAACCUGUAAGCACUUUAAAGCACGUUGGAAUAAAAGGUUCUGCGGUUGAGCAAAUGGAGUACAGGUUGAAGGAAGAUAUCCUCGCCGAGAUGAAACGCUCUGGUGGCCGCGUGGUCUUACACCGAGAAGAGUGUAAUCCACUGACAAACAAGUCUGACGUUAUCGGGUACUGGGAAGUUCUGACGUCUGACGAUGUUAAAACUCCUGCCGAGGUUUAUACUGGUCUUGCGGCCGAAGGCUACAAAAUCGACUACAAAAGAAUCCCACUGACGAGGGAGAGGGCCGCUCUGGCAAUGGAUGUGGAUGCCAUCCAGGACAGACUAAACGGAUCUGGCAGCGAAUAUGUAUAUAUUUCUCACACGGGAUACGGAGGUGUCGCGUAUGCGAUGGCAAUCACUUGCAUGGGGCUGCAAGCCGAAGCCGAAGCUAGCUUGGCAGCUUCUUCCUCGGGGGUUCCAUCUUGUGUGUAUGGACCCAUACAAAGGCCUGCCGAUGAUAUAAGCGCUUUCAAGCAAGGGGACUACAGAGACAUACUCAGCUUGGUGAGAGUCCUGCCAAGCGGACCUUUUUGCAAAGCCGAAGUGGAUACCAUCAUCGACAGAUGCUCUGAAGCUGGAAAUCUGAGAGAUGACAUCCUCUAUUACAAGCAGCAGCUCGAAUGCUGCCAGCAAGAGGACGAGGAGCACCGAGCUUACAUUCAAGACAUGGGUGUCAAAGCUUUGAGGAGAUACGCGUUUCUCAUAGCAUUCCGCUCGUUUCUGACGAGUAGAACUCCCAAUUCCUCGUUUGCCGCGUGGAUGCACUCCCGCCCGGAGCUUGGCCACCUCUGCUACAAUCUCAAGCUCGAGUGAGUCUCCUUUUCCUUUUUUUCCACCUGUAAUAUGUGUAUAGUGGUAACUUUUCCUUGGAAGGAAGACAUACUUUCUUUUCA